CUGCACAGCAGCAGAGGCAGCACAAGUGCCACAGUUAGUGAGCAGCUCUGUUUUUUGAGAAGGGGAACACGAAGGGGAGAGAGAGAGAGAUGGCCCCUAAAAAGGACCUGUUUGUGAAAAAGCCUGCUGGUGUGCCCACCAAAGCAACACCUGCACCGGCCAAGGCAGCUGCACCACCAAAGCUGCCACCCCCUGUUCCAACUCCACCUGUGCCAGUGACUGAACCAGAAAAGCCCAAGGAGCCUCCAUUUGACGUUUCAAACAUUGUGAUUGAGUUUAAAGAAGACCAGAUUUCCGAGUUCAAGGAGGCUUUUCUCCUCUUUGAUAGGACUGGUGAUGGAAAGAUCAGCUACAGCCAAUGUGGGGAUGUCAUGAGAGCUCUGGGGCAGAACCCCACUAAUGCAGAAGUCUUGAAAGUCCUGGGAAACCCAAAAUCUGAAGAUAUGAACCACAAGACCCUGGACUUUGAGCAGUUUCUGCCAAUGUUUCAAGCCAUAGCAAAGAACAAGGACCAGGGAACAUUUGAGGACUUUGUAGAAGGACUCCGUGUUUUUGACAAGGAGGGUAACUGCACUGUAAUGGGGGCAGAGCUGCGUCAUGUACUUACCACACUUGGUGAGAAGAUGACUGAGGAGGAGGUAGAGACGCUCCUGGCAGGGCAUGAAGAUGCCAAUGGGUGCAUUAACUAUGAAGCUUUUGUCCGACACAUCAUGUCAGGGUGAAGGGUCUACUGAACUUGUCCGAAUGGUGAUGAGCGGCUAACUGCAGUGUCCAUCUUCGUGUCAUUUUCCUUUAGAUUGCUGGUUAUUUUAUUAAGUGCCUUUUCUAAACCAACUCCUCCUCCUGCUCUCCUCUCCCUGGUUGACAUCCACCAUCUUCCAGAGUCGGCCUGAGAGACUGCCACUUAGUGAGGUUCAACCGUUCACGCUGCAGAGGAGAGCUGUGACUAACAGAAUCAGGAGGAAUCUGAAAAGGGAUUCACUAAAUAGAGUUGACCCAUCUUCCCCACCCCAGGCUAUUCGCACUCCUGCUGAAUGGAAUUGUCAGUAAAUUAUUCUGUACUUCAUUGCAUUCGUAAAAUAAAGUUUCCAGAUUUCCUCAAAA